AUGUUGAUCGAGGCGUUUAAUUUUAAAUUUAAAGAACAAUUUGGGUUCGAGUUUAAAGAAACGACGUUUACGAAAAUCGUGGAUUAUUUACAUACACCGAAAGACGCGUCCAGUUUGGCAGCGAGAAUUUUAUUUGGUCUAGCAAUGCUGUUCGACAUACCGGAUGAGCGCGGCGGAGCCCAGUUGAAUAAAAGAUGGGGGGAUUCUAAAAUGUGCCACUUCCCACUAUUCGAGUUUUUGCAUGGUGUCCCGAUGCCCUACAUGUCUUUUGUCUACACAGCAUUGUGGAUAGGUGCAUUAGGUAUAAUGCUGGGGUGGAAAUACCACACAUUAGCGCCACUAUUCACGAUUUCUUACUGGUACUUAUUCUUCAUUGAAAAAAGUUACUGGAACAAUCAUAGUUACUUGUUUGGUUUAGUGGGUUUUCUUCUUACGUUUACCGAUGCCAACUGCUAUUGGUCUUUAGAUGCUUUGACAAACCCGGAAAAUGCUAGUGAUACAGUGCCGUAUUGGAAUUACUUUAUAUUGAAAUAUCAAUUUUUCAUUCUUUAUUUCAUGGCUGGAGUGAAAAAGGGCACUGCUGAGUGGCUAACUGGGUACUCUGUGCCUAAUCUUAGCGCCCAUUGGGUAUUUUCUCCUUUUACGUUGUUCUUAACAGUUGAGCAGACCGACUACUUCAUAGUGCACUGGUUUAUUUUCGUGUUCGAUCUGACUGUGGCCUUCUGGAUGAUGUGGUCUCGCACCCGGAAUGUCGCUAUGGUUUUCUGCGCCUUAUUCCAUCUUAUGAAUUCCAGGUUGUUUUCUAUAGGAAUGUUUCCGUGGGUAUGUUUGGCUACGAUGCCACUAUUCUAUCCCUUCAAUUGGCCAAAACUAAUUAUUGGUUUUGUUAGAACAUGCUACAUGAGUGUAGUGGUUGAAAUUCGAAAAACAAUAUAUAAUAUAGUUCCAAGAAGUACCCAGCAGUUACCUGAAAAAAUUAGAGAUAGAAAUGAUAACAAUCAUGAUGGGGAUAGUAAUUUAGAAAAAGACAGUAAAUUGAUAGAUGGAAAUAAAGAACAAGCUGAAGAUCAUCGCCACAAAAAUGCACCAAAAGAUGUACAAUGUCCUGAUAUAGAUGAAGAUUUGAAAACAAAAAACCGAAAAAGGUCUUCGGAAAAAAAUGUUAUAUCACUAGAAGACACACGUAAAACAGGAAAUAAUAUCUUAGAUACUGGCACAUCAAUUACCCGGCGUAAAGAAAUAUCCACAGUAUUGAUUUUUAUUUACUUGACAAUGCAAGGUUUCCUACCGUUUUCCCACUUCAUGACCAAGGGCUACAACAAUUGGACAGAUGGUCUCUACGGAUAUUCUUGGGACAUGAUGGUUCACACAUGGGACGUCCAAUCAGUGACUGUGAAAGUAGUCGAUAACGAGAAAAAUAAACAUUUCUUUAUCGACCCUAACGUAUUUAUUCCAAACGAUCGCUGGAAUAAACACGGAGAUAUGGUACACCAAUACGCCAUAUGUCUGAAUAACACCCUCAUUAACGAGUCGGAAAAAUCUCAGAAGAGGAAUGGAAUGCUUUCUAAAAAUAUUUCAAUUUUCGUCGAUGUUUGGUGUUCGAUGAAUGGUAGAUUUGUUCAACGCAUGUUUGAUCCCAAUGUGGACUUAUUGCAAGCUUCUUGGACUACCUUUGAAAAGAUUCCCUUUUUGAUGCCCCUUUUGGAUGAUGCAUUAAAGUGGAGACCUGUUUUAAGUCAAAUAAGGCGUGAGGUAUUCUCAUGGGGUCCGUUUAGUAACGUCGUAUUUUUCGCCGAUUUUCCAGAUUUUGCUUUGGAAAAAUAUAUUCCACCAGAAUUAAAUAACGUGACCCUAACAAUCUUAGAAGGAGAAGUAGCCAUCGAGCCAGAGAUGACAAAUCUUCUUAGACAGUCUUUCCAGUUAAAAACGGGGCAACUCACACAUUUGGACUCUGCAAUGUUUUAUCGAAUUUUAAAUAUUGGAAAAAAACCAGCAUAUUACAUGUUUACUUUUUAUAACAAGACGGAGGCAUUAAAUAACACUCAGACUCAGAGUGAUAGGGCACCUAAGUUUAAAUUACCCUUAUUAACUGAACUGAAAAUCAGAUUUAGUAACAUGCUCGUUUUUGGUGAUAUGUUGUUUAAAGGAUAUUAUCAACUGUUUUUUCGGUUGCCGAUGUUUUUAGUUUGAAUUCUCUUGGUAGUAUUUGAAUGUAUGUUUUAUUAUUGUUACUUCUCUAACUGUAAAUGGUCUAGUAAUUCUAUUUAAGUUUGAGUAC